AUGAAGCAGAGUUGGAGAAAGUUGGACAAAGGAAUACUGGAGGAACGUUUAUUGAAGUUUCUUUGGAAGGAUAUUGUUGAAGAUUUGGACAAGAACUUUGACUUCUUAGUGAAAUUCAUGGAAAGAUUUGGACUUCUUUGUGAAAGGCAGUCACCUAAGGAUUGUGGAACUACUCAACGUGUUUUCUACACUCCAUUGCGCCUGAAACCAAUAGCAGGUCAACAAAGACUCACAGAAGACUUUGGAACUCGUGCUAUUAGCAUUUUCCAUGAUUUCUGUGGCUACCUCCCAGAAGAACUCUUUCCACAGACAGUCACCAGGUUUAUUGAGAAGUUCCAAGCAGUAGCAGGAGGUGAGCCUGAGUUGGCACAUGAGUAUGCAGAGCUCUACCUUGAUGACAACCAUUAUGUGAUUUUUUCUGUUGUCACUGUCAAACAACGACGGAUGUUUAAGCUAUAG